CACAACCUUUAUAUACAGAGAGAUCAGCAGUUGUAUGCAUACACGCACGCAGUGACGAGCGAGAGAGACACAGAGGGAGAGGGAUCACAAUGGCUGACAAGAAGUUUACAGUUGAGGUUGGGCCGGCGAAGGAAGCCAAUGGCGAAAAGCCGUCGAUUGGACCCGUGUAUCGUAGUGUGUUCGCUAAGGAUGGAUUUCCGCCGCCAAUUGAUGGCAUGGAUUGCUGUUGGGAUGUUUUCCGUUUGUCUGUAGAAAAGUAUCCCAACAAUCGAAUGCUUGGUCGCCGCGAGAUUGUGAAUGGAAAAGCUGGAAAAUAUGUUUGGAUGACUUACAAAGAAGUAUAUGAUGUAGUGAUGAAAGUAGGAAGUUCCAUUCGUAGUUGUGGUGUUGAACAAGGAGGAAAAUGUGGUAUAUAUGGUGCCAAUUGCCCAGAAUGGAUGAUAAGCAUGGAGGCAUGUAAUGCUCAUGGACUUUAUUGUGUUCCACUAUAUGACACCUUAGGUGCUGGUGCUGUAGAAUUUAUCAUUUCCCAUGCAGAGGUUACAAUAGCUUUUGCUGAAGAGAAAAAGAUGCCUGAGUUGUUGAAAACUUUUCCUAAUGCCGCAAAAUAUUUGAAGACGGUUGUGAGUUUAGGGAAAGUGGCUCCUGAACAGAAGGAAGAGUUUGAAAAGUUUGGCGUAGUGGUUUAUCCUUGGGAAGAGUUUUUAUUACUGGGAAAAGAUAAACACUUUGAUCUUCCUGUGAAAAAGAAAACAGAUAUUUGUACAAUCAUGUAUACUAGUGGUACAACUGGAGAUCCAAAGGGUGUCAUGAUUUCCAAUAAUAGCAUUGUAACUCUUAUAGCUGGAGUGAAGCGCCUGCUAGAGUGUGCAAAUGAAGCGUUGACAGCGAAUGAUGUUUAUCUUUCGUUUCUUCCACUGGCCCACAUCUUUGAUCGGGCGAUUGAAGAGUGUUUCAUUCAUCAUGGUGCCUCAAUAGGAUUUUGGCGUGGGGAUGUCAAGUUGCUGGUUGAGGACAUUGGAGAGCUGAAACCUACAGUAUUCUGUGCAGUUCCCCGUGUGUUGGAUAGAAUCUAUUCGGGUCUGCAACAGAAAAUUUCUACAGGAGGUCUUGUGAAGAACACCAUGUUCAAUUUUGCAUAUGCCUUUAAAUUUCACAAUAUGAAGAAGGGGCGCAGACAUUAUGAGGCAUCUCCGUUGUGCGACAAAAUGGUUUUCAGUAAGGUCAAAGCAGGACUAGGUGGCAGGGUACGAAUUAUAUUAUCUGGAGCAGCACCCCUUGCAUCACAUAUUGAAACUUUUCUAAGAGUUGUGGCAUGUGCUCAUGUUCUUCAAGGAUAUGGUUUAACUGAAACUUGUGCUGGUACAUUUGUCUCACUACCAAACCAGCUUGAUAUGCUGGGUACAGUUGGUCCUCCGGUGCCCAAUGUGGAUGUGUGCCUCGAGUCUGUUCCAGAAAUGGGUUAUGACGCUCUAUCAAGCAUACCUCGUGGUGAAAUAUGUGUGAGGGGUGACACUCUAUUUUCAGGAUACUAUAAGCGUGAAGACCUUACACAAGAGGUCAUGAUUGAUGGGUGGUUCCACACAGGUGAUAUUGGUGAGUGGCAACCAAAUGGAAGUUUGAAAGUUAUUGAUCGCAAGAAGAAUAUUUUCAAGCUCUCACAAGGAGAAUAUGUUGCAGUAGAAAAUUUGGAGAAUAUUUAUGGCGAAAUUUCUGUCAUUGACAUGAUAUGGAUAUAUGGGAAUAGCUUUGAGUAUUUUCUCGUAGCUGUUAUCAACCCAAACAAGCCACUAGUUGAAAAAUGGGCUGAACAGAAUGGGUUAGCUGGAGGUUUUGAAGCCUUAUGUGAAAAUCCAAGUGUGAAGGAGUACAUACUUGGAGAGCUAUCAAAGACUGCAAAAGAAAAGAAGUUGAAAGGCUUUGAGGUUAUAAAAGCUGUUCACCUUGAUCCAGUGCCAUUUGACAUGGAACGUGACCUUCUCACCCCUACAUUUAAGAAGAAAAGGCCACAGUUGUUGAAAUACUAUCAGAAUAUCAUCGAUAUCAUGUACAAGAAUACCAACAGUGCUAAAUGAGCCCCGUGACUAUUUAUUAUGCAGCUUUCUCACCACUUUCUACUUCCCCUGUCUUCUCUUAUGUGUAUGCCUUCUUUCUUCUUCUUCUUCUUUUUAAAAUAAUUUGUAAUUUUGAUUUGAACAGUAGAAUACCAACAUUAACCCAUUUGAUUGUCUUGUCAAAGAUGGACUAGAGACUUAAAACAGAUUUUUCUUUAGUCAAU